UUGAAAUGUUUGUGCAAAAAGUGUUUGAAAAGGCGUCCCAGUCCGAGCUAUGGAGUUUUGCAAGUCUCUCGCUGUUUCUCUUGGUGUUAUUUACCUUUCGUGACUACUUGAAAACAGUGUUUCUGUCACUGAAACUUUCCGGACCAGCAGCCGUUCCGCUUAUGGGUAAUUGUCUGCUAUUGAAGGAGAAAAAUUUAAUGCGUUUACAUGUCGCCAAGGCAAAAGAACUUUACGGUUCAUUGGUACGCGUUUGGGUGUUGAUGUUUCCCUUCUUUAUGGUCCUACAACCGGAUGAUCUACAAAUGAUAUUGUCAUCGAAAAAGCACACCAAUAAAGUAUUUUUCUAUCGUUUUAUGUAUAAUUUUUUGGGCAAGGGACUGAUAACAAAUAGUGGUGAUAAAUGGCACACCCAUCGUCGUCUCAUCCAGCCAACUUUUCAUUUAAGUAUUUUGGAACGUUUUAUUGGCACAUUUGCUGAUGCAUCACAGGCUUUAUACGAAAAAUUGGAUCCAUUGGUGGGUCAAAAUAUUAACAUUGCAAAUUUUGUCAAUGAUUGUAUUAUUGAUAUAUUGAAUGAGGCUGUUUUGGGAGUGCCAAUAAAGAAGAAAAAUCUCGAUAUGGAACAAUCACCAUUUAGAAAAGGUAAAAUUCAAAUACCCCAACGUUUUCUCAAACCCUGGUUACUGUUCGAUGGCAUCUAUCAAAUGUCGAAAUUGGCCUCAGAUGAGUUGAAACAAAAACGACGUCUUGAUGAAUUUACGCGAAAAAUGAUACAAAUACGACGUGAAAUGAAACAGAAAGAUGAAAUUACGAUGAAAAAAUGUCUACUCGAUUACAUGAUAGAAAUAUCCGAUAGCAAUCCAAACGACUUCAAUGAAGAUGAUAUUGUCGAUGAGGCGUGUACAUUUAUGUUGGCCGGACAGGAUUCUGUGGGUGCUGCGGUGGCUUUCACCAUAUUUCUCCUCGCACAAAAUCCCGAUUGUCAAGAAAGAUGUAUGGAUGAAAUUGAGAGAAUAUUUGGAAGUGAUGAUCGUGCUCCCAAUAUGCAGGAUUUACGUGAAAUGCGUUAUUUGGAAAUGUGUAUUAAGGAAUCGUUACGCCUCUAUCCCAGUGUACCAUUGAUAGCACGUAAAUUGGGCGAAGAAGUGCGAUUGUCGAAAUUUACUCUACCAGCUGGUAGCAACAUUUUCAUUUGCCCCUUUGCAACACAUCGUCUACCGGACAUCUAUCCCGAUCCGGAGAAAUUCGAUCCCGAACGUUUUUGUCCAGAAAAUUCGGAAAAACGUAAUCCGUAUGCAUUUUUGGCUUUCAGUGCCGGUCCACGCUAUUGUAUUGGUAAUCGAUUUGCCAUUAUGGAAAUUAAGACGGUUAUCUCAAGGUUGCUACGCAGUUAUCAUAUCCUACCGGUGGCUGGUAAAACAAAUGUUAAUCCAGUGUUUCGUAUAACAUUGAGGGCGUCCGGUGGUCUUUGGAUCCAUCUGAAAUCACGUGAAAAUAAUAAACUUAUUGAGCUAAGUAGUUAA